CUUGGGAGUGGGACUUGGGAGAAAACAUAAUAUAGAAAGGAGGGGUCUCAUUCUCAACAACCAAACAAUUUGGACCCUGUCGUAACGAAGAAGAAGCCAACCCGUGACUUGUGGGGGUGGGGUGUCUCUGUGUGUGUGUGCGCGCGCGCGCCUGACGAGCCCCACUUGACUUCCAGUUCGAUAUGCUCCUUUCCUGUUCUCCUCUUUCAUCGCUGCCUUCUUUAUUUCUUCAAACACAAUUAUUCAAUCUUUAGAAUCUUCAACUGCCUCUGUAUACUUCAGACUUGUAUUCUCUGCCCCAACUUUUGAUGUUUUUUCUUUGGGCGAUUACAUUCUAACAGUUGAUUUUCAAAACACCAAAUUUGACCGCAAGAUCGUUUUUUUUUUGUCCUUUGAUAAACCCUAAUUUGGUUAGGUUUUUUUUAUUUAUUUAUCACUUUUCGACAUCCAGAAAUCCUAAGUCGUAUUCUGUUUUACCUUGUGAUUUUAAUGAUUGGUUGGAGUUGGAGUAUUUUUCUGUUGCUUUUGUGGUUGUAAUUUGUGAAUCGAUGUUCGAAAGCUGAGCUUUUGACUGUUUGCGCUCAAUUCGGGGGACCGAUAGUUUCACCAUCUGAAGGGUAAAUUGACACCGGCACAAUUUGUUUGUUCUUGAUGGAUGCAGACUUAGAAAACAUAUCAUCGGAGUCGCCUCAGCCCACUGUGCAUGGCCACAUGAAUGGCACAUUAGCUGUUGAUCAUUUUUGCCCGCAGGCAGCAUGUGCACUAUGUGAAAGAAUCCUUUCAUCUGAUAAUCAGGCUGGCAAUCUUGAAGCAAUCAGCAUAUGUGGGGAUUGUGAAUUUUUGUUUCUGGAGGAUAUUGGGACCCCUAUACAUCAUUCUCAUCAAAGGAGGCCACCAAGAUUAAGAAGAAGGUACAGCAGUUCUGAGUCGAUUGAAAAUCUCUUUUCGCAACAGUUCUCACAUCUGAUUAAUCUGGCAAGGCAGAAUCAACCCUCUGUUUCUGAGAACGAGAAUCAAUCUGUAGAUAACGAUGCCGCUGCGAGCUUAGGGCAGCAAACGAGUUCCCGUACUACUCCGAGUGCGUCUAGAAGAUGGAGGAGGAGGGUACUUUCUGAUACUGAAAGUGAUGGUUUUGAUUCCUUUUAUGGUGAGAGUGAAUCAAAUGUCAGCUUCAGUGGGUAUAGGCUUUUCCCUGGUGAGAGUGAUACUGUUUCAUUUAGUGCUUAUGGAGGGGAUUCAGAUGCUUCUGUUGACGAUCACAGUUUUUUGGAUAAUGAGAUUUUUGGCCAUCCAGAUAGGGGAAGUGAUGUUGACAGUGAUACUGAUAUGGACCCAAUGCAUGCGGGUCUCAACCAGUGGAACUCGGAUGAUGAGGAAGAAGAUGAAGAUGACGAUGAAGAAGACAUUGAGUGGGAAGAAGCUGAUGCUGAGGAAAACACAGUUGACUCUUUGGAAAUGGGAGCACAGCUUGAAAGGUCUUUGAGUUCAAAUGAAGGCAGUCUCCUAGUUAACUCGCGCAGACAUCUUCACUCUCCUGAAUUUGAGGGUACAUUUCCUUUGAGAAUCAGGGACAGAGGACAAACAUAUAUCCCUAACAUCUUGGCUAAUUUAGAGUCAUCAGAGUUGCAACGUUAUAUCAGGAAUUCUGGGGACUAUCUUGAUGCGAGAGGAUUCGAGGAACUGCUUGAACAUCUUGCUGACACUGACAGUUCAAGACGAGGAGCACCUCCCGCAGCUGUCUCUUUUGUAACUAGUCUGCCACAUGUAGUCAUUAAUGAGGAGCAUGAGAAGCAGGACACUUUGGCAUGUGCAAUCUGCAAGGAGUCUCUGUCUGUUGGUACUGCUGUAAACCAGCUUCCUUGUUUUCAUUUCUAUCACCCGUCCUGCAUUUUGCCAUGGUUAAGUGCACGGAACUCAUGCCCUCUUUGUCGAUAUGAGCUUCCAACUGAUGACAAGGAUUACGAGGAUGGGAAACGAAGCAGUGGCAGUGGAUUAGAGAUUCAGGAAAUCCAACAGCAGGGCAUGAAUGAGGAUAGUUUCUCAGACAUCACUGAUGGUGACGAAGCAGAUGAAGCUAAUAAAUUUAGUCAUGGUCAAACAGAGCAGGGGGAGCUGCUUGAUGUGGAUCGUGCUGCAGGCACCUAUGGUAGGGAGAGAGAAAGAGGACGAUGGUUCUUUCUUGCUGCAGCUGCUCCUAUUGUCAGUCUUGUUGGCAUUGCUCUCGUGUUGUGGCUUGGCAACCCUCUAACAGGAAGAAGAGGGCCUGUUGGAGUUGGUGAGUUUCCUGUACAGGGACAGCAUCCAAAUCACAGUUUGGGCUCUCGCCCUUCCAACCGAAGAGAGAAUCACCGGAGCGGGAGCUGGUGGUCUCUAUUUUAACAUGUUUUCUAAACAUCAGAUUGUUAUUGGUACUGAUUGUGAUUGGUUCUGAUUGUUCUCCACAUCUAAUCCACUACAUUCAUGCGUGCACGGAGUUCUUUUCUCGUUCAGGUGCUGUAUGAGUCAUACAUAUACACCAGGAGUUUUUGACUCUUAUCUUUCUAUAUGAAAUAUUGUGUAGACCUCGUUGCUGUACAUACUAUUUUUGUGAGGACACCGUUGAGUGAUUUUGGUCAAGUUCUGGCACAUGCAUUAUUGAUCCAGUGUUGUUUUGGUGAGGCAGUAAAAAGGAUUGAAAUCAGUGCAAUCUAAUUUGUGCCGGAGUACACCACAUCGUUUUGUUCUUUCUGAUAAGUUGA